AUGUACUACAAGACUCUUUCCUCUUCAGUCUAUCUGGUUGAGGUAGAAUCAGAAGAAGAUAUAGAAGGCUCGGAGGAAAGAGAAAUUGCAGUAGCAGAGAUGGCAAAAUUGAAACAUCCCAUCAACUGCAAGGCUCUUACAAAGCCACCAAAGGACCAAAGACCGCCACCAUUCACAGGAGGGUUCGUUCCAAACAAACCAACACAGAACAAGGUCUAUUCCUUUGAUCUGACCAAGGUGGGUGCUUUGUUUGAUGAAAUGCUACUACAAAAGGCAACAGAGACCCCCCCAUAG